AUGGAGGAAGGCGCCCAGGCCACAGACUGGGACAGUGAUGAAACCGUGAUAGAGGGGUCGGUGACAGAAAGCGACCUCGAAGAAGUGGAGCUUCCCUGGAGAAGGUUGCUCUUUGAUCAAGACUCAUCCCUUAGAUCUGAGUUCAGUCUCCGUCCUGGUAUAAGUGGUAUGCGCACAGGCACUCCUUCUCCUGAGAUUCAACUUGGAUUCCAAUUCAGAGAGGACCCACAAGAGCACAUGAAUAAAAAUAACAAGAUGUCUGUUUUUAGUGAGGAUACAGUAUUACAGCAACAUCAAGAUGAAACAGAAAAAAGUCAAGCUCUGUUACAGCCAAUAAAAAAUUGUCCAAUGUUCAAUGGGUCAUUUUCCCAGGCUGGACUUUCACUGAACCACCAAAAUAUUGGAGGGACUGAGGCUGAAAAUCUUGAAGUUUUGCCACACCCGGAAAAGGAACUAAAUGAAGACAGAGACUUCCCUGAAAUUAGUCUUCUCUCAGAUACUGCUCUUACAGUAUCUGAUAUGGUUGCUGUAGAGGAGAAAUCACUAAUAGAGCCACAAAAGAUCUUAGCAGCACAAAGUAUAUUUUCUGAGCCUGGAAAGGAAGUCACACUGACCAUGACUUCUGAAGAAACCAUGGAUGAAGCAAGCUCCCUUGAAACUUUUGUGCCUGCCUUGGAAAGGCUACUAACAUCACCAGAAAGCACCCAGGAAGAAAGACUGUUUGAAAUAAUGAAUAAUUUUGAUCCUAGAGAGUUGAUGAACCCAUUGAGUGACUCUCCAAGUUCCAUAUCAAUACCUUUGAAUGCCUUGUCAGCACCUCACGGAGAUUUACUAGAAAACACAAAGGAUGAUGAUGCAUUGCCAGCUGAGUUGUUGGCAGCCCUGAACACAUUGUCAGAAGCCAAGGUGGGACCCAUCUGUCAUAGAAAAGAGGGAGGCAGUCGUCCCAGUGCUAGAAAUAAAUGUUUAGAAGUGGAGCCCAACAUGUCUCAGACUGAUGAAGACUGUACACAAAUAGAGAUUCCAGAAGACGCAAAUCUAUUUGGAUUGCAAACUUUGGCUCAUCAAAAUGUCACCUCUUGUGAGCCUCAAAAUAAUAAGGGAAAUUCAAAUGCAGGGGGAAAUAGCUGUGACCAGGAAGCUGUGUUUGUGUUAAGGAGAUCGUCCAGACUGGAAAAACUGAAAGUAAGCAGAGAUGCAAAGCACACACCUGACAUGUAUAAGAUGCCAGAAAAGAUUUCAACAGAAAUACUUCCCGGUGAGGAUCGAACAAAUAAUAAAUCUUCAACUGAGAAUUUCAGAAUGCAGGAUCCUGCUUUAAUGAUUGAAGGCAAAGGGAAGAAUAUGCAUUCGUCCAGAUCCAAGAGUAAAGAACAGAUCAGGAAAAACAAACAACUUACAGGAAAAAAUGAAAAAAUGAAGAUGAAUAAAAUGUCUCUUUCUAGCAUUAACCGGAGAAACAUUUUUGGAGAGAACUUACUGUAUAAGGCUGCUCUGUACAAUGACGCUGAUCUUGUUCAUCAUUGUAUAAAAAAAGGUGGAAAUGUUAAUCAGCUAAGUUAUGCUGGUUGGACAGCACUUCAUGAAGCUAGUGUAGGAGGAUUUUAUAGGACAGCAAGUGAACUAAUAAAAGGUGGAGCAGAUGUAAAUAUCAAAGGAAUGUACCAGAUUACUCCCCUACAUGAUGCUGUGAUGAACAGACAUUAUAAGGUGGCAAAGUUACUUCUUUUGAAUGGAGCCAAUCCAUUAUCUAAAAAUGACAAUGGAAAGUGUGCUUUGGAUGAGGCCCAGGAUUUACGUAUGAAGCGUCUCAUUGAGAGAUAUGUUCCUAAACAUAAAAAAUGUCUCACAUCAGCCCAAAGGAAUAGUGCUGACCUAUUAGACAUAAAGGAUGUACACCAGCACAAGAAACCAAAAUUCAGUUCCAAAAAUCGCAUUUGGUCUGUUUGUAAUGAAAAUUCCAACAGACAGAAGCCAGAACAUGUAAAAGUUGAUAAAGGAAGCAAAGAGGGUUUAUUUAUAAAUAAAGACAAUGUGUAUGAACAUUACCAGAAAGAUCCCAGAAACACAAAAUUUGGUAAAUUCAAGCAUAAACAAUCAGCUCUUAACCAGAUAUAUUCUACAGGACUCAGAAAGGGCAAUCUGCUUAAUAUCAAAGAUCCCAGCACAAAUGCGUCUAAAGGUAAAGGAAGAAGAAACAGACUACAUAAAAGGAUUCAAGCAGAUGAUGGAGACUGCAAUCCAAGAAAGUCAACAGUUGUCUCUUCUUCCAGGACAAUAAACAGAUUUGUUACUUGUCAGCAGCAUGUUCUCCAAACCCUUGAUGACCUUCCAGAAGAGUCAUGUGAACCUUCUAGCUCAACUCUGUCAAGCCUGAAAAAUGGAUUAAGUAACAAUAUUGAGGCUUGUUCAGUUUCUAAAGAGACACAUAGCCAGAACCUAGGUUUAUCAGAUAGUCAAGAAAUACAGUUCUUAGAAUUAGAAUCCACUGACCAAACUGAAGCUGUUUCUUUCUCAGGACUUUCAUUACAUAAAGAAAUCAAGUUACCACUUGUUACUGAAGAUGAGCAGCCUCACACUCACCAAGAACAACACAGUAGCCCUUAUAAAUCUCAUGAAAAUAAUCACUCAGGUAAAAAACAUGAGAGCCUUAAUAAUAAAAAGGAAAAUUCUUUCCCAUCUUUUAUAAAGGAAAAUACUGAUGAUGAUGAUGACGGUAGUUGCUGUACCUCUGAGAAGGCUGUAACAUCAACAAAGGUAAUAUGUUUUACAGAUUGCAAAAGCCACUAUAAAGAAAAUACAACAAAUAGAGAAGAAAUGGAUUUUCAACAUUUUUUACCUUCUGAAGACCAUUUUUCAUUGGAAAAUGAAUUAAAAGCAAGCAGCCUAACCAUGCUUGCACAACAGGAAGCUGUUAAUUUUUCUGAUUCACAUAAUGUGGUCAUUUCUGAACAUGUUGCAAAUUAUGAACAAUGCAUAUGUGGAACUCCUUUUGAUCACUCACUUGGUAAUCCUGAGCAAACUUUUCUGGCUUGUACAAGAACACUUUCAACACAUGAAGUUUCAAAGUUGACUGGUCAUGUGAAGCUAUUCAAAGAGUCUCAGGAUCAUAGCCCCACAGCACCAACGUCUUUAGUGGAUCAAACAGAUACAAAUAUUGUGGAAAAGGUGCCAAAGAAACAAGACAUUAAAAGGAAUUACAAUGACAAAGUCCAAAAAACAAGUUCUUCAAAUGGGCCUUUAUCUACAGUUGUUCACUCUCAAGUAAGAGAAACAACUAAAGUUGAAAAAAGGAUACAAGACCUUCCAGAGAAUGAGACUAUACAUAAUACAGAUUUUUAUUCCACUGACAGUAUGAAUAAAGAAUUGACCAGCAUCUCACAACUUAGUCAAAGAGAAGAGAAGGAAAUUUCUCACAAACCAGAUGAGGAUGUAACUAAUAAUAUCAGUGAAGAUGAAGGCACUAUAAAAAAUUGUGAGGAGAGAAAAGAAAAAACAGAUUCAGAAAUUCACAUGUCUGCUAAUCUCCAAGAACACAGAAAAGUUCAGAAUUUCAAAAACAGGCAAAGUUUCUUGAAAGCUACCUGCAACCUGCAAGAAAUAAAAGCAGCUGGGAUCAAGAAGAGGAAUGCCAGAGGAGAAAGCCGGCUUCAUUUGGCUGCCAGAAAAGGAAAUUUAUCUCUGGUGAAAGCUCUAAUAGAAUCUGGAGCAGAUGUGAAUCUGAAAGAUAAUGCAGGUUGGACACCACUUCAUGAGGCAUCUAAUGAGGGAUCUAAUGAUAUAAUUGUAGAGUUAUUAAAAGCUGGUGCUAAUGUUAAUUGUGAAAAUGUAGAUGGAAUUCUGCCUUUACACGAUGCUGUUGCAAACAAUCAUUUGAAGGCAGCUGAGAUUCUACUACAACAUGGAGCAAACCCCAAUCAAAAAGACCAAAAGCAGAAGAAUGCUUUGGAUCAAGCAGAUGAUGAAAAUAUGAAAGAGCUAUUAAAAUCUUAUGGUGCUAUUGAGACUGGUAAUAGAGAUAAGAGUAAUGCUAUAGUCGCUGUAAAAAUUCCUACUGUCCGGUCAAAAAGACAUAAACGGUGUUUUUGUGAUAAUGGCAAAACUGUUGACCCACCUUCCCUUUCACACCAAGAAAAAACAAGAGAAAGCCUUCCUGUGCAUCAGACCAUCAGUGCCAUUCUAAAAGAUAUAGAAGAAAAACAAGAAAAUUUAUUAGAGUUUGAAAUAAGAAACCCUGAAGAUGCAGAACAAUACAUUGAAAAGAUGUUAGAGAUAAAAGAGGUUAUGGAUAACGUGCUUGCCAAACAGAAAGCAGAAAGGGAUGAUCUGGCUAAAAAAUACAGGGUAUCCAUAGAGUCGUUUAAGCAUGGAGCCCUAAGAGAACAACUGGCCAACUUGGCCACAAGACAGAAGAACCUUUUAGUUGUGGCAAAAAAACAGAAAAAAAUAAGCCUGAAAAUUCAAAACUAUAAGAAUGUCACAUCAUUGUCUGGUCUUAGUUUAAGGAAGCUGCCAUCCAACUCAGAAAUCUCUAGUGAAAAGGACAGCCAAGAGUUUAUCAGUAUGGAAAAUGCAAUGCAGCCCCAAUCAGGUUCGCUGUCUCCUGUCAGUCUUGUUUGUGGAAGUAUGCAGGAGACACAAUUGUCUCUGGAAACUUGGAAUGACAGCCAAAAUACCAACAUUUGUUUAAAUCCAGAGAUAGUGAGAAUGGAAGAAUUUUCUGGAAAUGAGAUGAAUUCUAAACAAAAUGUCAAAGACUGUACCUUGUAUAUGUUAUCAAAAUCCGGACAUUCAAAUGGCACCAAGACGAUUAAAUUACCAUCACAACCUCUUGCUUUUAUUCCUCAAGUGGAAUAUUCACAAAAAGAAAAUAAUCUUACAGAAACUACAGCCAAAGGAUGUGAAUUCUAUAGUCCUUCCACAGUAACUGGCACAUUAAAUAAUUCAGAAGCCACAAGUUUAGUUUCCGAAAAUGAUGUCCAUCCAUUAAUUGCUAUUUGUGAUCAGGGCCUCUCCAAUUGUGAUCCAAAAAGAGGAAACAAGAAGACAGCUUCCCAGCAACCACCUAAAGGGGCAUCAGAAUCCCUGGCACAUCAUGGGAUUGCUGUCUUAGGCAGUGAUACUGUGCAUCAGAUGAAACCAUAUCUUAAAAAAUCAGCUACUCUUGUUCCACAUGCAAAUGAAAGUCAGAUCUCCUCUUUCUCUGGGUCGGGCCGUCAAUAUACUAUGAAAAAACCUUUAAACUACAGCACAACUCCUAAAAAGAAAUGUAUGCAGAUAAAGGAUUUGAUAUUAUUAGGAAGAAUUAAUCCAGGAAGUAACAUUCUGGAAUUCAAAACACAGGAGACUACCCACAAAGCCAGUAUUUUAUUGAGUGGUAAAAUUAAGGUAGAAAAUGGUCAGAUUUAUCAAAACCCAGUCACCUGGCUCAAGGAUCUUCUGGGAGGCAACAGUUAUGUGACUUGGAAUUAUGCUUGGAGUAAGGUAACAUAUCUUGGGAAGGAGCUUUUAAAAUAUGUUUCCGAGGAAGUACCUAUACCUCCAGAACCAAACUUGGUACCUCAGCAACAUCAACCUUGUCUUCCAGAAGUACCUUGUUCAGAUGACCCAGUACAGGAACAAGGAAAAUCGUUGUUUGAAAAAAUGAAAUUUGGAAAAGGAACUUCCAGAGAGUCAUUGCAAAGCAUCCCACAUUAUCUACAAAUAAAUGAAAUACUAUUAAUCAGUGAUCAAGAAUUUCUCCCAUGCCAUAUAAUGGAUCAGCAUUGGAAGUUCUAUGUGGAAUGUGAGAAACUAACAUUCUAA